UUGUUUAGAUAAGUUUUACAAUAACUUCGCUGAUUUUACUGUGAAAACUUGUUCAUAUGUUGAAUUAAGACGUUCUGUUUUAAAAAUAUAGCUGAAAUAGCUGGUUUUCAUUUGUAUGUUCUCUAAAAAAUCUGAAUAAUCAAGAAAAUAAAAGCUAAUCAACUUAAAAACAGAAAACAAAAAUAUAGAUUUAGAACAAUAUGGAAGAUGAAACAAAUUCAAUGCCUCUUGCUAUAUCUCUUGAAGAGGUAUCCUCUGAAUUACCCACUGAUAAUAACGUUAAUGAUAAGGCGGUAACAAUAGAAGCAAAUGAAAGCGACAACGAAUCCAACGAAAGUGAUUGUGACGAUAGUUAUGAAAAUAAUGAUGAUAAGUAUCAGGAUACAGACUCAGAGAGCAGUUACCAUUUUGAAUAUGCACCUGAAGUAGACAACUCAUGCCUGGUUUUACCCAAGUUAGAUUCCAAGAAAAAUUCCUACAUAAGAAAUGCGAAUCACAUGUAUGGCAAAUAUGUUACACGCCAGUGUCCGAUGUGUGAUUUUGAGUUUAGUUCAGCUUAUUGUUGGAAAAAACAUAUUAAUAUCGUACACAAUUUGGCGAAACCAGAAGACUUAAAGUUCAAAUAUAAUGAGGUAGGCGCUAAAUGUAAGUCGUGUGAUUUUCAAACAUCAUCACCAGACUUCAACAAGUUACUCGAUCAUCAAAUUUUACAUAUGCCCUUCAGUCAAUUUUUGAAAUGUAAAUUAUGCGAUUGGAGAACUACAGCUCAUCCUAGCAUGAAUUUCCACUUACGUCAGCAGCAUUCAGACAAAAUGGAUAUCAGUAAAAAAAGUAUAGAGUUAACCAUAUGCCCAUAUUGUCAGGAAGAAUUUUCGUCUCAUUGGUAUUUACGUAAACAUAUGAUACAGGAACAUGAAAGGACUAUAAACGAUAGGACAUGUUUUAUUUGCUUGGAUUGUGGCGAAGAAUUUUCCUCAAAUACUAUUUUACGGGCUCACGUUUUUGAAAAGUUUGCUGAUAAAACUGUAGGCGAACUUGGCUUUCAGGAAGUAACAAACAAAGAAGAUAAUAAUAAAGUCACUUACAAAUGUACCCAAUGUUUAGCAGUUUUUCGCAAAAGUACAAGUAGAACGUUUGCCAAUAUACGCGAACAUUAUAUGUUACAUUUAGGCGAACCAACUGGCAAACACGCCUACAAAUGCCGAUAUUGCGAAGAAACAUUUCGUAGAUUUGAUAAUAUACGCGUACAUGUUUGUGAAGAAUUACGCAAAAUGCUGCAGAACGACCCGCAGGCAAAGAUUAAUCGAAGUCUAGAAAAUAAGUUAGAAAAACAUAUUAUACCGCAAGAACCUAUUGAACGCAAAAGAGAUUAUAUGAAAUAUAUACGUCAUGUCUGCUUGAAAUGUGGAAGCACAUAUGGCAAGUUGUCGCAAUGCAAAAAGCAUAUGAUGGCGAAACAUGGUAUGAACAAACCAACGGGCUUGGAUUUUAAAAAGAUCGAAAGUAACAAUGUGACCGAUACAUACGAAUGUGCGAUAUGCGAAGAGUUCACAUGUGUACUUGACUUGAGUUCGAUGUUAAUGCAUGCGCGUAUACAUAACGUUUAUGAUCCUUUCCAAUGUAAAUUAUGCAAUACGUUUUUUGCCUACGAGCAUAAUAUACCUGGUCAUGAAUGUGUUGAAGUAGAUUAUAUGGACACAACACCAAUAAAUGAAACUAGAUAUCCAAGAGAAGCGCCCAUACCGAAUAUGGAUACUUUUUGUCCCAAAUGUGAUCAAACAUAUACAAAGCCUUCUUCCUUAACGAGACAUAUGAAUCGAAUGCAUGGUAUGAAUGAACCUUACGGUCUCGGCUUUGUGCAGUGCGAGCAAGGCGAUGAAAGCACUGAAAACGCAUAUCGCUGUUAUGAAUGCGAAAAUUUUAUAAUUACCGAGAAGAAUUUGAGAGCUAUGUUGGAUCAUGCAAGGCAACAUUUACCCUACGAAAGUUUUCAAUGUACUCUCUGUAAGGAGAAGUUUCGCAUGAAAGAGCAAGCGAAAAAACAUGAAUGUCCAAUCGAUGAUGCAGCUACUGUGCCUGAUAAGUACAACUUGAAAAUUUUAAACACACGUUUGCAUAAUAAAAUGGGACGUAUAUGUCCGAAAUGUGACAAAAAAUUUGUAAAAUCUGUUCGUAGUAGAGUACAUGUAACUAAAAUGCAUGGUAUGGAUAAACCUGCUGGACUUGGAUUUAAAACCAUUAACAGCGAUAAUGGUAAUAACAAAGUACUAUAUCAAUGUAUGCAGUGUAACGACUUUUAUAUGGAGAAGCUGGACUUCACAAUUAUGGCCGAGCAUGCUCGAGAACAUUUUCAAUAUAAUAGUUUUUGGUGUAUAAUGUGCGACGAACAAUUUAGAUUCAAAGUACAAGCAGUAGCGCAUAAAUGUUUAAAUGAUCCCAAUAGAGUUGAAGAAGAUAAUGAAGCUGAAGUUGAAAAUAAAACAUUUACAAAAUACCCCAAAAACUUUGAGAAAAUUAUAAAGAAAUUUUGUCCAGAAUGUGACAUUGAAAUGCCCACAAUAAAAGCCUUUCGUUGGCAUUUGGGUAAAUAUCACGAAAUGAACACGAUGGAGGGGUUGCAAAUGAAGCAAACAAAGGGUGAUUUAGUAGAGUGUCUAAUUUGCAAAGUACAAACUACACAUAUGCGACGUUACGAUCACAGAUUCCUACACUUACCUUUUAAACCUUACCAGUGUGAAUUUUGUAAGGAAUACUUUAUUGAAUUAGAAAAGGCUAAGUCUCAUUGCGUAGAAUGUGAUCUGGUGCCAAAGAGAUUUGAGGAAAGUAAAGAAGUGAAAAAACCGCAACAAGCUAAGAAGCGUACGGCUUUGUCUACGGAAUAUACUACUACUACUACUACGGCUAAAAAAUCAAAAAAAGGGGAAAAGAUUCCACAAUUUGGCAGUGAUGGGCAAGAUUCAGCGAGCGAAAAUGAAAACUCAAAUAAAACGAUUUCUGUAGUACUGGCUGAUGAUAAUGAUUUUUCGAAAUUUGUUAAAAUAACUUGCCCAUUUUGUCCGGAUACCGAAUUCGAAUCCCACCUCAAGCUAAUACGCCACUUUAACGAAAUACAUAACAAUUUUAGCGAACACUUUACUAUACAUCCAACCAAUUCGGCAAAUUGCAAAACAUGCAAUAAAUAUUUUAAUAUAAUUUACAAAAAGACUAUGGUAAAACAUUAUCUUAGCGAAAUUGAAGCGAAAUGCUUCUUCUGUCGUCUUUGCGACAAGAAGAGCUUAUAUUUUGAAAGAAUGCGCACACAUUUGUUGGAUGGUCAUAAAGCUGUUAUAGCUGGUCAAUCAAGCCAAGAGCAAAAUAGCGCGAACAAUGGGACAGAUGUCGAAACAGACCCGCUGAAAAUGACCGCUGUAGAUAUAUCAAAGGUAUCGCGUACCACAAUGGCUAUACCCACAAAUAAAACAGCGGUUUUUAAUGAAUUUAACGCCUACAUUUCAUAUUCAUGCCCCGAGUGUAACGAACCAUUCGUAUCGUCGGAACAAUGGCAUUUACACAUCAAUACUGCGCACAGUUUCUUUGAGCAAAAUCAAUUGAACAUCGAAGCCACACCGGAUGGACAUAAACGUUGCAAACAGUGUAGUGUCAAUAUAUCCGGUGGCAUAUUGGCGGAACAGCGACACAAGUUGACGCAUAUGGAAUUUAAAUCAUUCAUUUGCACACUCUGCCAACAUCGUUCAAACACUUUGGGUGUACUCACGCAACAUUUACGCAGGCGUCACUUUGCUAAGGGUACCUUCAAGUGUCCCAUGUGCACAAAAGUGCUCAGUACGUCAUGUGAACGAAGUGAACAUAUUAAGAGCGAACAUGAUCCCAGUGAAUAUCCUGAAAAAUUAUGUCGCGUUUGCUUGAAAUUGUUUACAUCUAACAAGUCAUUGAAUAUUCACAUGGACGUGCAUGAUCCCAAUCGAAAAGUUUUCCCAUGCGACUAUUGCGAACGCAGUUAUAUGUACAAUAGGGAAUUGGUUCUACAUGUACGCGCUAAACAUCCCAAAGAAGCGAAAGCGAAGUGAUAAAUAAUUAAGUUUUAAUUACAUGCUAAUAUCCAAUUCAAGCAGUGGGCACCAGAUGAGGCGAAUAUUUUUUCUUGAUUUGAUUUUAAGCCAAGGUUGAAGAAAUUACGUUAAGUCAACAAUAGAACAUAGAAAGUAUUUAUAAUGAAAAAUGUAUUUAACUUAAGCUUUCAUUUAUGGCUACUUGGUUUUAAUUUUUUCCUACUGACUUGCCAACUAUGAAAUACAAAAAAAAAAGAAAAAUGCGUAGGAAUAUGCAGUAAUUCGAAAUGAGUAUAAACUUUUUAUAAAUGCGAUCUCUGUUUGCUUUUAAUUUUUUGAAAAUUAUUUUGAG